AUGAAACCAUUUUUACUUUUCUUUGGGAUUAUCCCUCUCGCUUUUGCUAGCAUCAAUGACAGAAAAGAUGAAUGCAGGCUACCCAAAGUUGAGGGCCCUAUUAGUGGUGGCCAAAAAGGUUAUCCAUUCGCCAGCUUCUAUGGAAAUAUUAGCGAGAUCGGCUAUAUCGAGGAGGAAUUCUUCUUGACUGGAAACGCAAAGGAGUACGAGCAAAUUGGCGAUUUAGGUUUGGACGGCAAAUGGGACUUAAAGCCUACCAAGAGCAGCUAUUAUAAGACUCGAAUUCUUGUACGCAGGCCAAAAAACCAUUCCCGAUUCAGCGGUGUCGCCCUUUUAGAGUGGAUUAACGUGUCGUUCGGCUACGAAGUAACUUUUGGCGGAGAUGCUCCUGGAAUUUACCAAAACGGAUCUGUCUAUGUCCUUGUAUCUGCACAACGAGUUGGGGUCUCAGGACUUGAUAUCCCAAAUCCGCAAGGCCUUCAUCAGUGGGACCCAGAUCGUUAUGGUUCUUUAACCAUACCCAAUGACACCGUCAGCUAUGAUAUAUAUACCCAAGUUGCAAGGAUUAUCAAAUCACCCCAAGGGCAAGCAAAAGUGCUGGGAGGUUUAUCUCCUGAUAUUGUCGUUGCAGUUGGUGGCUCACAGUCUGGUUCCCGUGUCCUUGCCUACACCAACGGCAUACAACCUCUCACAAAUGUCUUCGACGCCACUAUGCCCUACUAUCUGCCGGACAAGCAGCCACCUUCUCUACUGAUCACACAUCCGCUGCAGAGCAAGCCCCGACGGUUUCGGCCAUGUGAAUUGGAAGCGUCAUAUACCAUACUUUUUGGUACCCGCCAGCCUGAUACCGCAUAUUUUCGCUAUUGGGAAGUUGCUGGAGCUUCGCAUGUCAACGUGCCCUUAUACGAAACCCUUCUGUUGACGCUAAAUCGAGAUGGAGUUGUACCUCCAGAGCAGCUCUCUUUGAAUUGGAGUCAGGUGAACUGGCUUCCAGUUGUGGAUGCCGCAUUCCGUUUACUUCCAGCUUGGAUUAAACACCACAGCCCACCUUCGCCCAUGCCAUUGAUCGAGGGAUUUCUCAACGGUACUAUACCAAUACUGAACAGAGCAGCUGAUGGAAAUGUUAUUGGUGGAGUUCGCCUCCCAGAGAUUACUGUUCCAAUUGCGCAGUAUGUGGGCCUUGUUGGUAUAGGCCUGAAUGGAGCCACAAACGCAUAUAGCGAAGAGAAACUGAAGGACUUGUAUCACACACACGAAGACUACGUAAAGCGGGUGGUGGGAGCAUCCAUUAAGGCAUACGGGAAAGGAAUCAUUCUGGAUUAUCAAGUUGCAAUUGAGGUGCAACGGGCUACAGCUGCUCAUGUCCCACACUAG